UCGGAGUUUGGAGCGUGAUAUUUAUGUGUGUUCUUAUGGUUGGGAAGUGAAGCAAGCAGCAGAAGAUGCAGAUACAGGCUCUGCCCACGACUCUCCCAACCUCUCAACGGCCAUUUCAGGCUCUGAUUCCUCUGUCUCUAUCUCGUUUCAAUUACAAUUUCACUGUGAAACGUUGUCUUCUAACUCCAACUAAACGCUUACCUUUGCAUUCUCACACCCACCUCACUGUUACAGCUACCGCAACCGCUACCCAAGAGGAUGUUGUUGUUGUUGACCCCACCAAUAAUGAAAUAGGAUUUGUUGAAAUCGGCUACAUAUCCAGUGUUCAUGGUCUUCAAGGCGAGAUUCGUGUCAAAUCAAUCAGUGAUUUUCCUCAACUUCGAUUUUCCACACCUGGGAGAAGAUGGUUGAGGCAUAAGGUUUUGGGUGGAGAAACCAUUCAACAAGUUGAGCUGGAGGAAGGUAGAGGUCACCCUGGACAGAAGAUUUGGUUACUCAAAUUCAGAGGAAUUGACACAGUGGAGCAGGCUAAGAUGCUUGUUGGUGCUACCUUGCUUGUGACGGAAGAAGACAGGCCAGAAUUAGAGGAGGGUGAAUUUUACACACGUGAUCUAAUUGGGAUGAGAGUUUUUAUGAAGGAAAAUGGAAAAUUUGUGGGAACUGUUAUUAAUGUUUUCAACAGUGGAGCCAAUGACCUACUACAAAUUUUGCCUGAUUCAUCUUUUGAUAUGCUUGAUAAAAGUGGCAAGCCAAGAUCAGCAGAAACUGAAACAUCUGGUCAGCUUGUUUUGGUACCUUUUGUUGAAGCAAUUGUUCCAGAUGUUGAUAUGAAAAGAAAAGAAAUGCAUAUUACACCGCCCAAGGGACUCCUGGAAUUAAACUUACGAUUUGAUGAGAGGUCCAAAAAAGAAAGGCGCCAACUUGAAUGGAAAGAAAGGAGAAAGUUCCAAAAGCGUCUCAUAGCAGCGAAAAAGAAACUCUGUGAAAUGGAGCAACAGCAUAUAUUUCAUGGAUUUCAAUAUGGAGAGAAAGAACAAAGGAGCUUGCUUAGUGAUCAGAUUGUUGCUGUAAACUCCAAAUUGCUUCAGGAGGCUUUACAAAGUCUUGAUCAGCCAGCCAAGAGAUGGAAUGAAGCUGAGUUGGUCAGUGCCUUAGAAGCAAAGCUUAUAAGUACUAUGCAAAUAUCAGCGAAAUCAUUCUUAAAUGGAAGUGAAGACAAGUUGGUCAGAGAUAUCAAUAUGCAAGAGAAGGGACUUAAGCUCAUGUCUGAGGGGAAAAUGGCUAUUGUCUUGUUCUUGAAUGAAAACGAGAACCAGGGUUGCAUUUGUGACUCUGACAAUGUGGAAAACGAAGCAACUGGCACUUUGGCACUUGACAUGCUUCAAAAGUUACUCCAUGAUCAUGAAAAUUUUGUAAAGGUCAAAGAUCGCGUGUUGAUGCCUUUAAUCCUGGUUUCCUCAGCCCAACAAAUUCAAUCUUUAAGAAAGUUGUUUACAAACAACAAUCACUUUGCAUUUGACUCUGACAAGGUAUGGUUUUUGGAGGAAGAGAAGCUGCCAGUUGUUAGCAGUUUAGUGGAGGGACAGAGCAAGUAUAAGAUUUUAAUGAAGUCACCUUGGGAAAUACUCCAAUCUCCUAUUGGAUCUGGGGGAUUUAUUAGCUUGUUUUCAAGAGAUAGCAUUGCAGAUAAUCUUAUGAACAUGGGUGUUGAGUACGUUGAGUUAUGCUGCCCAAGUGAAAGAAUUGCUGGUGGAAACUCAUUGCUACUUGGGUUGGUUCAUUCCCAGGAAGCCAAAAUUGGAAUACAAAUUUCACCUACAAUAGCUGAUUCAGAUAAAAAUUUUGACAUUAUAUUUUCGAUGGACUUUGUGAAGAAGUUAACGAAGCAGACCAACAAACUCCAAUUUGAUGCAAUCCCAAAGGCAAAUUCCUUUGUUGAGAAGGUUGACAAAGACUGGGUUACUGUCACCUCAUCCAUCCCCAACUCUUAUGAGCUCUCUUGUAGUAUAUAUAGUUCCUUAAACACAUGUUCGUUGGAUAAAGUUUGUGUAGUGGAGGUUAGAGAAUAAUACAAUAAAUAAUAUUUAGUGAUGAGAUGAGAUAGUGAUUCAGAAUUACUCAUGUAGAAGAGGGAAUGAAAGAACAAAAGCCCAAAAAAGAAAAAGAAAAAAAGAUAGACAUAUAUGUUGGUAUAUGAUAUUCCUCUAAAUUUGGAAUUGAAGAUGUGGAUAUACCGGUCAACCACAUUGUAUGAAUGAGAAUUACUAAUAGUGCUAGAUACGAUUUUCUGUAUUUGACGCUGUAUUUUCC